GGAGCUGAGGGUAGUGGACCAGCUGCAGGGAGGGCGACCUGUAUGCGGAGCGCCGUUCCUGCGCCAUGGACCGCGGCCAACCCAGCCUGGAGCCUGCUGCCGCGGCCCCCCAAGCCACGGGCCGGUGCAUGAUCGCGCCCGUGCGCGCCGUGCUCCGCCUGCGCCGCCGGGUGUGCGUCCUACGCAAGCGGCGCCUCCUGCAGCUGGGUGGGGGGCCUGACGUCGGGACCGGGGUGCCCAGGCCGGGCUGCAGCCCCCCGGCGCCGCGCGGGGACCUGGACCAGCCGCAGUUCUUCACCUUCGACGGCCCCGCGGAGCUGCCCUCCAGGACGCCACGCAAGAAGCGCCGGCGCAGCCGUCUGGUGCUUUACCCAGAGACCUCGCGCAAGUAUCGGCCGCGCGUGGAGCACAGGAGCCGCGCGCAGCACUGCCUGCUGCUGCUGGUCGCCAUCGUGGGCUUCCAAGUUCUCAACGCUAUCGAGAACCUGGACGAUAACGCGCAGCGCUAUGACCUCGAUGGGCUGGAGAAGGCGCUGCAGCGCGCGGUGUUUGGCCAGCCCGCAGCCAUAGCGCGCAUCGUGGCGCUGAUGCGGGACUACCUGGCCACGCACGUGCACAGUCGUCCGCUCCUCCUGGCGCUGCACGGGCCCAGUGGCGUGGGCAAGAGCCACGUGGGCCGUCUGCUGGCGCGCCACUUCCGCUCGGUGUUGGAAGACAGCUCGCUCGUGCUGCAGUACCACGCGCGGCACCACUGCCCCGAGGCGCGCGCCGCACAAGACUGCCGCGAGGAGCUGGCGCGGCGCGUGGCCGAUGUGGUGGCGCGGGCCGAAGCGGAGGAGAAGACCCCACUCUUGGUGCUGGACGACGUGGAGCUCCUGCCGCGGCCGCUGCUGGACGAGCUGCAUGGCUUCCUGCAGCCUCAGCGCUCCCACCACUUCCACAACGCCAUCUACGUGCUCCUAAGUGGCGCGGGUGGCGCCGAGGUGACGCGCUUCGUGCUGCAGAACGCGUCCCGCGCGCUGCCCCUGCUCCCCGACGGCGCGCGCAGUGCCGAGGCCUCAGCGGCACAGGCGGAAGAGGACCUGCGCACAAGUCUGUGGGCUCUGCUGUCCCGGGAGCAUCCGCUGUGGCAGGCCGCGGCCAUCGUGCCGUUUCUGCUGCUGGACAAGCGGGAUGUGGUCAGCUGCUUCCGGGACGAGAUGGCAGGCGAGGGCUUCUUUCCUGACCAGGCCCGGGCGGAGGACCUGGCCGCACAGCUCAGCUUCUACCGCGUGGCUGGCCGCGAGUUUGCUGUCACUGGCUGCAAGCAGGUGGUGGCCACGGUGAACCUCCUGUAG